AUAUAUAUAUUACAAAUAUAUAACACUGAACAAAAAUAAAAUUUUAAGUUAAUAUGUGGAAGCUCGUCUCAAUAUUGGCAGCGCUGUUGUACUUGAUUCCUUCCGCUUCCAGCUACAACUAUUGCCACAAUAAGAGCCAUGUCUGUCGCCAACGGAACUUGGAUCAUUUUAUGUGCAACCUCGGCAAUCUGCAUCCGCUGGACGGAACUGUCAAGUAUGAGGACACCAUGCCGGAUGCUCCGAUUUUGCGGGCCAGAAUUUUGGGAAAGUUGAAUCAGUACCGUAACAUCCUGGCCAGUGGCGACCUUAAAACAUUGAGUAAUAAAACGUUUCCGGGUGCCACCCGGAUGCGAGCUCUGAUUUGGGACGAGGAGCUGGGCUACCUGGCUCGCUGUCACGCCCAGACGGUGUCCUUCAAGCACUCCGAAUGCCGGGCCACCAGCCGCUUUCCUUAUGCCGGUGAAGUUCUUGGCUUGAUUUCAGUGCUCAACACAAAGAUUACUCUGUGGGAUAUAAUCAAUUACACGCUGCAACCAAUGUUUGAUGAGCACUUGUCAGUGGAGGAUCCGGAGGAGUAUAUUGAGAACUACGAUCCCAUCAAGCACUAUGGCGUGGGGCACUUUACCACGCUCAUUAGUGAUCGUGUGUCCCGCGUGGGGUGUGGAAUUGCUGUUGGUUCUAAUUGUAAUCGCGGGACAAAAGUUGGCACGUGCCACUUCCUGACGUGCAUGUUUGACUUUACCAACAUCGCCAAUUCAUUCGUCUAUAAGUCCGGAGAUCCUGCUUCCCAGUGCGAUACUUGGCGUUCUAAGCACAGUGAUCAUUUUCGGUACUUGUGCAAAAAUGAAGGUUUAUUGUUCGAGAUGUACCACGAUCAAUCGGAUCACGAUCACUCGGAUGACGAUCACGAUCACUGACUUAUCCAAAGGCUCCCCCAGGAAACGAUGAUAUGAAAAGAGAUCUUUUGAUAUACAUACGUACUCGUACUUUAAUAUAUUUUUGUAUGCUCUGUCCUAAAUGGGUUCUGAAGCACAGGAGGCCAACUAUCUUUGAAUUACUUACAGAACCCCAAAUACAUUCCUUACAAUUCCUA